AUGGUGUACAAAGAUAUUGCUACAGAUUGGACAGUGCUUUUGGAUGUAUUCGCACCAAUCAGCUGUGCAACACAAGGGGCAAUAAAGCUAUAUUCAAUAACAAGAUAUUCGGAAUUGUAUCGACAGUUGGCUUUGGAAAUCGGUGAAAUAUACGAGAAGUACGAAAAAAUUGGAAGAAAAUAUAAGAAAAAAUUAGAAGAGUGGAAUGGCAGCAUGAGAAAGAUAUUAAUCAUUGGUGCUUUGAUAUACUUUGCAUCUUCUUGCCUAGCUUUAAUCGCACCCGUUAUUGUGUACAUAUUAAAAGGCGAAAAACACCUAAUUAUUAUGUGUCAAAUGCCAUAUGUAGAUGCGACCACUAACCAGGGCUAUUUUAUUACGAUCAUCUACAAUAUUUUAUGUGUAUUCAUAGCGGCAUUUGGAUUGUACGCCGCUGACUUGUAUAUUUUUCUCUUUCUAACACACUCGAUUUUCUUUUAUGAUAUCUUCGAAUUGAAAGUGAGUGAUCUGCAUGAAUUGCUACAACAGAACUCAAAGGAUAAACGAAUAACACCUACGCUGAAUGAUAUUGCAGAAUGGCAUCAGUAUUACUUGGAGUAA